AUGCAUUAUUGCUCCGUCGACAAGGCGUUGCUGGUGCUGAUCGCUUGCACGAGCGCCUACGCCGUGCCCUGGAGAAAAAGCGAACCCAGUGCAAAAUGUGGAUACGAGUCGUGUCAUCCAGUCAAAGAGGGAUAUCUCAAUGUGCACUUUAUACCUCAUACACACGAUGACGUUGGCUGGCUGAAGACAGUCGAUCAAUAUUAUUUCGGCACAAACAGUUCCAUUCAAUUGGCAGGCGUGCAAUUCAUUUUAGACUCUGUGAUUACUGAACUCGCGAAGGACCCGAACAAGAGGUUCAUCUACGUGGAGACGGCGUUCUUCUGGAAAUGGUGGGUGGAUCAGUCAGAGGAUACGCAGAGCAUCGUAAAAGACCUCGUGGCAUCUGGGCGACUGGAGUUCAUCGGCGGCGCUUGGAGCAUGAACGACGAGGCAGCUUCAAAUUACUUGUCCAUUGUCGACCAAUUCACUUGGGGUCUAAGAAAAUUAAACGACACGUUCGGAGAGUGUGGAAGACCUCACAUCGGGUGGCAAAUCGAUCCGUUUGGUCACUCGAGGCAAAUGGCCACGUUGUUUUCACAAUUCGGUUACGAUGGUCUGUUUUUUGGUCGGCUAGACUACGAGGAAAAAAUACAAAGGCUAACGAACAAGACGGCCGAGAUGAUUUGGCAAUCCAGUCCCAAUAUCGGCUCGUCAGCUGAUCUCUACACACAAGUUCUCUACAACUACUACAGUGCACCAGACGGUUUUUGUUUCGACAUCGUGUGCGGAGUGAACCCGAUCGUGGACGACAUAAGGAGUCCCGAGUACAACGUAGAGACCAAGGCGAAUUAUUUGAUGAAUUACUUGCGGUACCAAGAGAAAGCAUACCAGAACCACGGCAACGUGAUAUUGACAAUGGGCGGAGACUUUACGUACCAAGACGCCAAUUACUAUUUCAAAUCCUUAGACAAAUUAAUCAAACAUAUAAACUCAAAACAAGCAUCCGGAAGUAAAAUUAACGCUAUUUACUCGACGCCGUCAUGUUAUUUGAAAGCUGUUAAUGAUCAGAAAAUUACGUUCCCGACCAAGCAAGACGACUUUUUCCCAUACAAAAGCGACAAACAUUCGUAUUGGACUGGAUAUUUUACGUCCAGGCCCACACAAAAGUACUACGAACGAAGGGGAAACAAUCAUUUACAGACGUGCAAACAAUUAUCAGUCCAAAGUCUAGAGGGUGUCAAGUACGAGCCAAAAAUUACCCCACUCCGUGAAACGAUGGGGGUGAUGCAACAUCACGAUGCCAUUACCGGUACAGAGAAACAACACGUGGCCAACGAUUACGCUCGAUUAUUGAGCGAAGCCAUCGAAGAGUGCGAAGAAGCGUCGUGCACAAUAUUAUCAGGGUUGGCCGCCGGCGUGAAAACUCCUGCAGAGUGCAAGACCUGUCACCUGUUGAACAUCAGCCAGUGCGAAGUGUCCGAACACAGCGAACAAUUCGUGCUGACCCUUUACAACCCGUUGAGUCGACCGGUCACGGAAUUCGUCCGGUUGCCCAUACCCGGCGAGAGGGCCUACAGCGUAGUCGACCCUUCGGGGCUAAGGCUCACGGUGCAGUUCGUGCCUUUGCCAAGUGCAGUCCUACGUAUUCCGGGCCGCCAGUCGACGGCCACAGCCGAACUCGUGUUCCAGGCCGACGAUUUACCACCACUGGGGUACAAGUCAUAUUUGGUCACGAAAGAAUCGAGAAGUAGUUAUCUAAACACCUUGCGAGCCAAGAGGUCGGCAGAAUCGGAAACCGGAGGUCCCGUGGACAUUGGCGAUAGACGUUUAGGUCUGACAAUCGAUGAUAGCGACCCGAGACGUUUCGUACUGUACGUCGAUAACGAGGAAGUACCUUUGAUUCAGGAAUUUUUAUAUUACAAAAGUAUGGCCGGAGAUAACUUAAAAGAUUAUAAGAGAGCGUCGGGAGCUUAUAUAUUCCGUCCCGACGGUGAACCUAUUCCUGUAUGCGAUAAUCAGAAAAAGCCACGACGCGUCUCAGGACCCGUAGUGCAAGAAAUUCAUAGAGAGUGCAACGAAUGGGUGAGCCAGGUGAUAAGAUUGUACAACGGGGAUGAUAAUAUCGAAUUCGAAUGGCUUGUGGGACCCAUACCAAACGACGAUAAAAUUGGGAAGGAAGUCAUAUCACGUUUUCGAAUUCCGUUUUACAAAAACAAUCAAACAUUCUAUACCGAUUCGAACGGCCGGGAAAUGUUGAAACGUAUAUUGAACUACAGACCUUCGUUUGCGUUAAAAGAAAACGUGGAAAACGUAUCAGGAAACUAUUAUCCAAUUACUUCUCGCAUAUCGUUGACAGACGAUCAAACCAGAUUUACCGUUCUCAACGACAGGUCUCAAGGAGGAUCCAGUCUUCAGGACGGUGAAGUCGAGCUCAUGGUACACAGAAGGAUAUUCCACGACGAUGCCUUUGGUGUUGACGAAGCGUUGAACGAGACCGCCUUUGGAGUAGGCUUGGUAGCCAGAGGACAUCACUAUUUAACUUAUGGACCAGUUGAUAAACUAUUUGAGGUAGAAAGGCUAUUGGCUCAAAGGAAACUCAUUAGGCCACAAUAUUUUUUCACAAAGAAACAUAGUGUUGUAUCUUACGAAGAGCUAAAGAAAUCCAAUGCACUACAGUAUUCUGGUCUGAAAAAACCUUUACCAAAUAACGUACAGAUACUUACUUUGGAACCAUGGAAAGACGGAUCGGUGUUAUUAAGAUUUGAGCACAUAUUCGAGUACAAUGAAAACAAAAAUUUGUCAACGCCAGUUGUCAUAGACGUACAGGACUUGUUUACAAAGUUCCGCGUAGUUUCACUAAAGGAGACAAUAUUGGGUGGAAACCAAUGGCUCGCGGAAAACACUAAACUUACUUGGAUGCCAGAAAAUAGCAAUUCUUCGGGCACCGAACAGCUGACAAGGCCUGACCAAAACUCGAUUGACCCCAAGCACGUCAUGUUAACUCCGAUGCAGAUAAGGACUUUUGUAGCCGAGAUUAUUCCAAAUUCUUCGUGA